AUGAAAGAAAACAGGAUGAAUGUGACUGAAUUCAUUCUGAUGGGACUUACACAGAAUCCUCAGAUGCAAAACAUCCUGAUAUUAGUGCUGCUGAUCCUCUAUGUUGCCACCGUAACGGGUAACCUGCUCAUCGUAGUCACCAUCAUCUGCAGCAGUACUUUGGAUUCCCCAAUGUAUUUCUUCCUGACCUUCCUAUCGUUAAUAGAUGCGUGCUACUCCUCUUCCAUAAUUCCAAAAAUGCUAGCUGACUUGCUCUCUGGGACAAAAACGAUCUCUUUCAAUGGGUGCAUGACCCAGAUCUUUACCGAACAUUUCUUAGGUGCUUCAGAGAUUGUCCUUCUUGUUGUCAUGGCCUAUGACUGCUAUGUGGCCAUCUGUAGACCUCUGCACUAUGUGACCCUCAUGAGCCACCGUAUAUGCUACCUCUUGGUAGGAGUGUCUUGGACAGUGGGUUUCCUCCACUCUAUUGGACAGAUUCUUGUCACUUUAGGGCUCCCAUUUUGUGGUCCCAACAUCAUGGACCAUUUCAUGUGUGACAUCUUCCCCCUGAUACAACUUGCGUGCACAGACACUUUCCUUGUUGGUCUCUUGGUGGCUGCCAAUGGUGGAGUAAUUCCUGUGAUCACCUUCGGGAUGUUAAUGAUAUCCUAUGUAGUCAUUCUAUAUUCCUUGAGGACUCACAGCUCUUCCGGGAAGAAGAAGGCCCUCUCUACGUGCGGCUCCCACAUCACUGUUGUUGUCUUGUUUUUCGUGCCCUGUAUCUUUAUGUAUCUGCGACCAGUAGCCACCUACUCCAUGGACAAAGCUGUCACUGUAUUUUAUACCCUUGUAACUCCCAUGUUAAAUCCCAUUAUCUACACAGUAAGAAAUGCAGAGGUAAAAAAUGCCAUCAGAAUGUUAUUGAAUAGAAAUGUAAUUGCAACUAAUAAAUAA